CCAAAAUUGGGACAAGUUGUUUGGUUAGUUGAUGCUGAUUGUUUUGGUAUUGUUGUGAGAAGUUUUAUUCUACACAAAAUAAGCAAAAUAAGGAUUAAAUGAACAGGAAAUGGAUUUGUUAAAAGAAGCCGUGGAUACAUCAUUCUUCACAGAUUCAAUGUUCAAAAAUUUAGGGAGUGUCAAGAAAGAAAAACAACCCCGGAAGUCACAGAGAUUCCUGCCGGAACCUGAAGAAGUCGACCGAGAACUACCCGUUACGGAUUCCAUGAAGAAAUUCAUGAGUAAGAAGCUUUCAGACUUGGUAGCUGAAAAAAUAUGCUUCACUGAAGAAUCCACAACAGAUAAAAAAUCCCCAAAGGAAGAUGCCGAAGGAGGUGGAAUAAAGCUGCUGAGGGGUUUCUCAGAAUAUGUAGCGGAAGAAGAUGUUCCCGAAGUCAAAGUGGAGCGUCCUAAACCUCCAAAGAGGAGAAAAAAUCAAAAGAACAGCGAAGAAAUCUCAGAAGAGGAGAAAAUUCAACAAUCUUGCAUUUCUCCUGACCAGAUCCUCAAUCAAGAUGCCACCAAAGGAUGGUCCACAAAGACAAAACGAUUACCCUACCAAUACCGGAAGAAAAACAACAAACUUCACCUGGAGGAACCACAGAAUGACUUCACAGAGCUUCGGAGGAAGAAUAAUUGGGAUGAAAGCAAGAUCGCUAAAUACAAAAGAUCACGAUGAUAGAAAUUAAAAGAAUUUUAAGUAAAAAGUUUCUCGUUAA